GUUUUACAGACGCGCGCUGUUUGUGACCUUUCUGCGCCGUUACCAGCGUAGCCGCAAAGCUGGAGGGAAAGGACUUGCAGCUUCCGCCCCCACCACCCGUUUGGUUGUUACCGCCGGCAAGCUCCUGCUGCGCAACAGGUUCGUCCAACAGUUCGAACAACCACUGCUGCUGAUGCAGGAGUGCGCCCUAACCGGCGUACUCCUCGCUCGCGGCCACCGCAACGGGUGCACUCCCACCGGACUGGCGUCAUCGGGUGCAGGAGACAGCGCUGCUUUUCGGAACAGGGUCGAGAAUCGCCAAGCUCGCGAGGCCGCCAUCGCGAGGUGGAAUUCGAGGGCACCCUUGCCGUCCAUCGAGGACGAUUGCAGUCUCAGCCUUUGCAACGCCGCAGCUACCUUUUCCGACAACGUGGCAGCCCUCGCGAAGGAGUUGGAGGAGCGAACAGGCUGGCGGGAUACGUUGCAGCACCUGACCAAACAUGACCUCUACCGAUUCAUCCGAG